AUGGCGGAGCUUCCCAGACGGAGGCGGAAGGUAGUUGAUGGCCUAGAUAAGAUCCCAUCCACUGAGCAGGAGUUACUUGAAAUGGUCACAACGUAUAGGACGGGGUCGUACUUAAGUGAAGAACAUGUUGCCCAGGCUACAAUGCUUAUCAAUAGGAAACUUCUCGGACUUGACAAGUUAGACACUCUGUUUGAUGUCAUCUGUUCCCAGACAAAGACACCUUGUGAAUGGUUAUGCACGCUUGCAGAUGGACUAGGCCCAUUCUCAAUGCUUGGACAUUACAACGCUUCUCAAAGUUCAUCGGGCCAAAUGCCUGAUUCUCCGGCCCCCAGGUACCCUAAGCGCUUGCGCCUAGGGGAUUUUGAUGCCAUGGAUGACCAUUUGGCUCCAAGCGAGCCUUCUACUCCGUCUAACAUUGAACUUCCAGAGGAAAUCUUAGACGAAAUUCCAGAUGACAUCCCGGACCCACGGACUCCUACUGAGACUCUAAUGGUCGAUUUUAUGGCCACUCUUCUAGGGGGUUUAGCAUGCCUCUUACAGCCCUUUGCUUACCGGACUGUUUGCGUGGCUAAUGCCUUUGAGACAACCUAUCAAUUUGGCCCACUUCCGAAUGGUCCGAUCGCUUCAAAUCAUGUACAGUUCCGAGCACGUAUAGACGGGAGCAUCCCCUUCAGCCUGCCUCCGGACAAAAAUCUUCCUGAAAUGGUGAUAUUCGAAGCCAAGCGUGCCCAUCGUGAAACUGGCCAAGGCGUUACUGUCGUGGGGCAGCAGUCAAUGGAGCAUGUUGCAUAUAUCUGGAAAUGA